CCAUGCCAAAUACUCUUCUUAGCGAAUCUUGUGCUGGUUCAAAUAUAGAUUUAAAGGAUCUCGUCUGUGCACCGAGAACUUUCUCCUUGAUACCGGUCCUGGUAAUGGGCAACCGUUGAAACUCACACGCCAAAGCAUAUCUGACCAGCUUUUUGACAACUUGAUCCAAAGACUCCUCUCUAUCCAGACCCAUGCCUUCUCCUCUUGUAUCAUCUUCAUCGCCGUCCUCUUCCUCUUCCUCUUCUUCGGAAUCUGGUGUUAAAUGCGUCCGCCGCCGCUGAGUGGUUGGAGGUCUGUCUUCUUCGGACUCUUUAUCUUCCCUAAUUUGCUAGGGUAAUGAGCUUCAAGGAGCGGUGUUAUUGAGGAAAGGAGAGUGGUAGAAUGAAAACUUACGACUUGGCGUCCAACUCUUCGAGAACUGGAAGGCAUAUUAGAAGUUCUAUGUAUAAAUCUCUAUAGGAUUAAAAUCAUCAAUGCCUGUAUGUGACGUUAUAAUAUUGCUCUUUGUUAGGAAGCUGGAGAAAGCGAACAUGAUUUUGGGUAGACGCGACGAACCGCGUUUGAGCGGAAAAACUGAUUGUCGGAAAAACUGACCGGCAAAAGUCGGCCGACUUCCCCGAUUCUUCAAAAAUUAUGAAGAUUUCUACGAACAAUAUGAAGGCAAUUAUACUAUUUCCUCGACGAAUUUCCAAUCGCAUACAUGAUUCGCCGACACAUUUCCGUUGCGCAUAUAUGCUUGAGAUGCCAAAUACGAUUGGGUCAAAGAUCUCUGCCAUUCUCGGCUCGAAGAGCAUACUCCACCGAAUUGCCAAAAGAUCAUGAAGAGAAUGGGCUAGGAACGUCAAACGGUCAAUCACAGCACAAUGAAAGCCAAGAGGGCGACAGAGGCACUGAAUUACCCUUCAACGAAAAGGACGAAAUAAAGCGGCCCGUAGGAUGGCCACCAGAACAACAGGACGACAUUCCCAUCAGAAGACAAUACUUAGGCAGGAUUCCAGAGUUAAAUUAUGGCAUCAAGCAUCUGAGAGGACUUAAGCCCAAGUUAUAUGGCCGUAAUGGAGACCAAAAAGUUGGAGAUAAAGUGGAAUUAUCAGGAGUGAAUGCGUUAGGGAAGACUGCUGAAGUCCUUGUCUUGCGAGAUUCAAAGUUUGAGUUGCCGAAAAAGAAAGAGAAAGAAUAUAUCAUUGAGGGCCAGGAACCUGAAAGUAUUGAUAUCUUGGCCAGAAUUCAAAGCGAAAGAGGGAUCGUCUCCCUAGAAGAUAUCAGAGCGAACAUUAAUGAGUUUAGACCCGACCAGGAGAAAAUACAGACAUGGAGUGAUUUCAACGACCUAGUGCAAUCUUUGCAAAACAGUUUUACAAUCCCUCAAUUGAGAACGUACAUCAAGUCAUACCCAGCAAAAGAAAGGAUGAAGAAAGUUCCUCCCCUUGGAGCCGGGAUUCUAUAUGACGAGAACGCAAUUUCGCGAUCCACUCCCUGGGUACCAGAAAUCUCUCCAAUUAGCCAACCAAUUGAUCAUAGCGCUAUUCGGGGAUAUUCUGCAUCAUCCUACAAUGAUAGACAAAUUUUUGCCGUCAGAAUUCUGAGGGAAUGCUGGCGAUUGGAGGUUCCGGAACUUCUUGAGGGGAUAGGUGAAGUGGAGGUGCAGGUUCAAAUAAAGGACCUGGACUUCCUAACAAGUGCGUAAAGGGUGUCUUUCGUUCCCUUCUGUGAUGAAGCUGAUGUAGUGUGAUUUUAGCUCAAGGAUACAUGGAAGCUUUGAUCAAACGAUAUUAUCUCAAUGAGCCCGAGAAGAUUGAAAUCUAUCGACCCCGCCAAGUUUUACGUAUCACCUCGAGCCGAGAAAAAUCAGCCCUUAUUAUCGGCGAGAUCCAGGAUGGAAUUCGAAGUAUUAGUCGUGACGAAUUUGACCUGAAGGAAUUAUGCCCCCCUCAUUUACUCCGAGGCUGGGAGGCCAGGAUCCUCACUCCAGAAGUGUUGACUAAGCUUGGUGAAUUGACGAAAACGGGUAUCAGAAGGCUGCCACUCCAAGAGCCUAUUGUUAGUGCUCUUAAAAUUGUCCCUUUAUGUCUCUUACUGAUAAUGUUCAGCUCUCAAUUUCAUCUAUGACAACCGACAAAAAACCCAAUUUGUCAAGACGGGCUGAUGUAGUGAGACGCUUAUUGCUGAAUCUAGCUCGGUUCGAUAAAAAUAAUCAGCAUGCAAGGAAAGUUGGAUUGCGAGAUUUUGAAGAGCCUUCUCACAAAGUAGACCUACCUGGAGGUUUUGUUCGAUUUCCAGGGUCGCGCGAGCUUUCUUGGCACGAAAAGCUACGUACUUGGAGUCGAUGGACGUCGGCCACUCCUAAGUCUACAGAGGACAAUCACCUACCUGAAAACGAUCAAUACACAUUUCCCUUUCCAACCGUUGGUGUAAAACUAUCUGGAAAACUGCAGCCAGACCCCGACCCUCAAGGAGCCGAAUUUUUAUGGUCUCACGAGUAUUCACCCACCACCUCGAUUAAAGCCGGCACCAUUCUACACAAUAUAACUAGCCACCGAAUUGGUAAGUAUAUUGACGAUGACACAAAGCCUUCACGGGGUCAGCCCACAAUAUCUUCCGACACAACAUUGAGCAUGAACAGCCUAAAAGCCGAGAUCGAUAGUGGAUCACUACGAAUUUUUUCCCCUCAAGCUCCAAACCUCUCAGGACUUUUUCAAUCAGAUCAUAUUGAAAAAGGAGUGUCUGAACAGGCAGUGCAAGAAAUUGUUAUGCAAUUCAAACCUAAUCCCUGGGCUCUUUGUCCAAACGGCGAGCCGCUUGGACCCUCCGCUUUCGAUGACUUACCUCCAUUAGAGAUGUCUUUCAGUCUCAAUCGAGAAUCCUAUGAAGUUAAGUUUCGGGAACUUCAUGCUAUUGUUUCUACCGAGAUUGCAGACCUGAUGCUCCCUGAAUUCAAAGCGGACCUUCAAUUUGAGAGGAAAAUUCGUUCAAGGAUGUUAUUUGAGAACUCUAAUCCAGGACAUGGGCUGGAUGAGUUAAACUCGGCUGCAGCAGCUGUAACAGAUUUCAUUAAGAAUUCUCAGCUAGACCUAACGAGUGAUCAGCAAUUAGAAACACCACCAAAGCUAGUUCUUCCUCUCCCUAGACAUCUAUGCACUGAAAAGAGUUGGAAUCGCAUGGGGGGGAAACCACAACUGGGUGUGAAUGUUGAGUACUUGUUCGCCAAGCUCGAAUAUAGAAAGACGGCACCUUACAAUUUCGAAAAUCACGAAAUACGCUGCACGAGUGUUGAGGCUGGAAAAGCUGGUGGUUCACAUCUGGAAUUGAGCCUCAGAUGUCGAUCGAUGCCUAGUCAAGAUGAAUUCAACCACACCAUGAAGGCGGCGUUGCAGAUCGUACGAUUGAUGGAUAUGAGGAAUAUCACGAGCGUUUAUGGGCAAAUGAGAGAAGUAUUCGCGGAACGGAAAGAGCCAUUCUUGGGGCCUGAUGAUUUUAAAUACGUACCCAAGAGACCGAGUGAUUUUUUGGAGGUGAAAAGACAUUACGAAGAGGGAGAAGAGAAAAGAUCUAGAUUCGAUAAGAGACCAGGGGAAGGGGACGGUAAUCAAUGGGACAUUUUGCCAGAUACGGCACGGGAAUCUCGCGGUUUUCAAGGCAGAGGAUGAUCAUGAUCUAAGGAAAUUUCCGAAUUUAUGAGCUAUUAACAUUGUAAAAUUCUGUAAUAUAUGGCAUCUGUUGCCUCAUGAAAAAGAAGGGGAUCCGGAGUCAUACAGAAUACUGCGGGCACUGCUGACAGUCCUUUUUUUAAUAACUGUUCAUGGGAUUGCCUUACUGGAUAGUAAAAUACUACGCAUGAACACUCAUACUCAUAUUCCACACCUGCCCAUGCCAAAUAUCUGAAUUCUUAGUUCCCAGCACGUCUUGAUCUAGAUCAAUCAAUGUUCUAUAUAACCAAUGCUGUCUCUAACAUUUGUUUAUUUUCAUAGCUAGACCAUGGAGCUCGUGCAAUUUAUUCCACAAUCCAUUUGAGCUCAGAGAUUCUGGAGACUGCACCACUUUCUCCUCAGUCGUAAGUUACGCAAAGGCAAGAAUUCGCCUUUGUCCCCCUUCUUCCUCCGGACAAUUACAAUAGCUCCCGCUCUAUAACCACCCUUCUCCUGGCUCAUGGUUAAAUGUGUGGAAUCUAUCACCACCAAUGUCAUGAAUCUCGUUCUCUUGAAAUCCCACUUUUCACUUGAAAUCUUGCGCUAUAAAAGGGUACCAACCACAUUGGUAGUCAGUCAGUCAGUCAGUCCUGGCUUCGGCACCCGAAUCAUGAUAAAGCAUUGACUAGAAGCUUGCCAUCUACGCACUUCAAAAUUUUAUCGCCCAAUUUCUACCAUUCAUAUGAUAGCUUCACGGGCGUAAGUACGUGCUUCAUGUAAACAAAUUCGAGUAUUCACCGCCGGUUCCAAAGUAUCUGCGUUAAAUUCGAAAUUUCCGCGCCACUCAGAACUAGUAAACCA